AUUGGGGUUGGAGACACAAACAAACUAGGGUUUUUCUCUGCUUGUAAGGAGGCGGCGACUAAGAGUCUGAAUCGAGCGGUGAAUGACAUCGAAUGAAGAUGAAGAAAUUGGCAACUAUUUUAUCUCCCAUGACUAAUGAUGGAAGCCCUGAUGAAGAGGGUAUUGGUGCUAAAGGUGUUGGUUUUUCUCAAUAUGCGAGUCCAAAGAAACGCAGCGGGGUUGCAACUGAUGGGGGUGUACAAGACUGUGAUAUGGGUUGACAAAAAAAGCCAACAAACAUAUGAAACAUUCCUGACACUUUGUGAGCUUCAUGAGAAAGCGGGAGAGCCGGUUGAUAAAAAUGCAAUAUUUCUUCAGGCAGCAGGAGGGGUUGACAAGAAAAAGAGGGUGUAUGGAGUUGGUUCUUCGCAAAGUCUCUUCUAUAGGUCAAAGACUAUUCCUUGCAGUUCAUCUUUUGCCGAUGCAGAAAAUCAAAAAUUGCAGGAGGAGUUAAAAGUGAUGAAGGAGAAAAUGAAAGCAAUGGAGAAUCAAAUAGCCAAAAUUCUCGAGGCUACUUCUGCCGCUGCCCAAGUUACUCAGUCCCCUACCACGCCUAACACUGAUCUAGAUAGCGAGAAUGGUGUAGAGUAACUAGAGUAGUAGCUAUGGUGUAUUUAGUAUGUUCAUGUGCUGUGGUGCAGUUGACUAUAUUAUGAUCUAGGACACUAAGUGCUGCAAGUCUAACAUUUAGCUAUGGUUAGUUCAAGCAUAAGUACAGAUUAUGCUGUUUUUGGAUAUAUUACUUUUGCUUACUAUCGGACGGGUUGAAAUAUUAGUACAACUCUCAUCCUAUUUUGGAUCAAUGAAGUGUUAAUUGUAUGAAAAAGUGUUGUGUUUUAUUUAGAUUUGCAUUUUUAUAGAUAUAGAAAUUGAGAAAUUUAUACUGUAAUAUAAUACCAUAAAUUUUAAUUUUAUAACGAAUUUAUGUCGAA